UGGAUUUACAACAGAAAAAAACGAUUUUUUUUUUCUAAUAAUUUAUAAUAUCUAUUAAUUUAUAAUAAAAAACGACGAAAUUUCAGCACAAUCAGAGCAUCUUCAGCAUUUUCGUAUGCCAUAUUGGAUCCACCAUUUUGAAUUUCUUAACUUCGAAUACGGAUUUGAAAUCAAUGACUCCAAAAACCUUGGACUACCUACCACAUUUCAUUGCAUUGGAACACUUGGCCACUUUUUCAGGUUCCUGGCCUCACUUGGGACCAAUACUGGAAGAAGUACUGCCAAAAUUGUGUGCCUCAACAGAUUGAACUGAACACCAAUUCUGCGUUUGUAUUAUGCAGAUAAACUAAUGUGUUGUCCUCACAAGAAUGGAAAGUCAAACAUACAAAAAAACGGGUACUGCUGGAAGUAAAGGAGUACAAUUCCAAGUGAAUUUGUUGACUGUCUUUCUUCUGAAUGCUUUAAGAUGGCUAACAGAAUGGAGAUUGUCAACUGAAGACAAGCGAGCUGGCAAAUUCGAUGACGUGGUCCUGCAAUGGCCAGGGGGCGCCAUAUUGUUGCAGGCGAAACAUAAAGAGAAAAAGACGGGGAUCACUAUGGAAGAACUGAUGUCUACAAACUCAAAAAAGGACGAUUUCAGUCUUCCCAAGUACUUCUUUUCUUACCAAGACAUUAAAGGAGAAUUUAAAUUGAAAAAUGUUAUCAUUUGCACUAAUACUCAUAUCAAUGAGAGGGCCUUGGAAUUUUUAAAUAUUCAGGAAGACUCUUCUGAUAUUAUGCUGCACUGUGAAGAUAAUUUUACAUUUUAUACAUUGAAGGAGGAAAUUUUGCCUGAAUUAAAAGAAAAAACAAAGGAUUAUUGUAGGGAGAAUUUGAAAAAUAAAGGAACCCACGAAUCAAUAAUCACUGACGAAAAUCUGAAAGAUUUUCUGACACACCUUCAAUUAUAUUUCGAAUAUCCUGCAGGAAAUUGCUUAGAGAAGGUUAUUGAAAAAUUACUAAGAAGGACUAAGAGGAUUUGCAAAGUAUCUCCUUCAGAAAUACAUGGUAAGAUAAUGCAUUGGUUCCAACAGAAAGAUGGUAAAUGUUUGAAUGAAAUUUACGCGAAGGCGAUGUUUUCUGACAUAAGGAAGGAUAGAUAUUGGCAGGAAUUGGAGAAAUAUAAUGUUUCUUUUCAACGUGGCAUUCGGGAUUUCCCAAAUUCAAAAAGAAUUUACCACAUUAUAGACGAUGGAAGUUGUUUGUUGCAAGAAAUAAAUGUUUACCAGGCAGUACGAGGUAUGAGACGGCAUGUAAUGUGUAUCUUUCCCGAUUAUAGUAUCGAAAAUCAGAAGCAGCUAAUUGAUGGAUUUGGGCAUUACAAUUAUGUCUACUUAAUAAUAGUUCGCCCAAAAUCGCUAAGGCGUAUCAGUAACAAAUUAAAAGAAAUCCUAGACCAGUAUGAGCAUAAAAAAGUUAUUUUAUUGACAGAAGGGCAUAAUAAAGUGGCUCAAGAAAUUAAAUUAAUCUCUAACAGUUUUGAUGUUAUAAGAGAAUCCCCGACAUUCCAAGAUCUUUCGCAAGAGACACAGGAUAAUUUAUUAAAGAAGAAAAGUGUAAUUUUUCAAGAUAAACCCUUUAACUUGAAGGAACUCUUUUUUCCUGAAGUUAUGGAAAAUUAUAGCAAAGCUCUCAGUUCAGAAAUAUUGGAGAGACUAGUGAGAAAUGAAGAGCUUAAAGUAGGAUCAAAGUUAGGACUUUUGGAGGAAAAUAUUAAACAUCAAUAUAUAAACCGCAUUUUUAUCAGGAAAAAUGAAGAGAUAGAAGAAGGCAACAUCUUCGAGGUGCGAGAGAAAAUGAUAAUAAUCUCUGACAGUGCGGGUGCGGGGAAAACUACGGUUCUCACUAAAUUAGCAAUAAUUAUAAAAGAGAAAAAUCCACACCUGUGGAUUCUCAAAUUAGAACUUGGUCAUUAUACAAGGGUUUUAAAGGAUUUGCUCGGAAAAGGUAAGAGAAUAAAUAUAUUGGAACUGCUCGAUUCCCAAGAGGCAACCAAACUGAGAGGCCCAUUAGAGAAGUUUGUCUUUUCGAUGAACAAUAAAGUGGUAUUAAUGUUAGAUGGAGUAGAUGAAAUUGGCCCCAAUUACACUGAACUCAUUGUAAACUUUCUCGUCGAUUGCCAAAAAGCUCCUAAUCUGACUAAAGUUUUAGUUACUACCAGAACACAUGUAGCUCAAAAAUUGGAAAAGAAGUUACAAGUGGGGUCCUUUAAGUUGCAACCAUUUACGGAGAGAAACCAAUUAGAUUUUCUUACGAGUUACUGGACUCACAAUUUGCGGCUGGACCAUACUGAUCGAGAAAAGUGUAAGCAGUACGCUAAUGCUCUGAUGAGAAAAAUGUCAUCCUGGACAAUAACGUCUCCUUGGGAAGGCAAUCACUUUACCGCGAUACCGCUGCAAGUGCGGAUGCUGGCAGAGAUUUUCCAGCAGGGCAGUGGAUGUGAAGAGGAAGUGAAUUGGAAAGGAUGUAAGGAAUUUUUAAAAGAGGACGAUUUAGAACCAAAACUACCUGGAAAAGUGAAUAUUUCAAGAUUGUACAAGAUGUUCGUUGACAAAAAACAAAACGUUUUUAUGGAUAAAAACAAUCCGAGUGGAAACACGGUAGUAACGGAAGCGUUAGCUUACUGGUGGGAUAAGUGCCUUGACUACCACCAAACGCUAGCCUUGGACGCUAUCCUGGAUACAACUGAACGUGGACUUUUUACUCGUUUCGAAGAAGAUGAAAAAAGUAUAAGAGCAAGUGUGUUAAAUAUAGGAAUUAUAGAAGAAGUGAACAACAAUCUUCAUUUCAUCCACAGAACGUUUGCCGAGUACUUUGUUGCCAAACGUUUGCUAAGAGAAUUACGUCUAAACCAAAAUGCAGCUUUUCAAAAAUUCUUGAUUGACAAAAUACUAAAGCAUUUAAAAUAUAAAAUUAUACUUCAUUUUUUUGACAGUUUACUUCAGGACUGUUUGGAUAACAUACCACACAAUAUUUUCAAAAAUUAUCAGUCAUUGUCGUAUGAGAUCGAUGUAUACAUACACCGUUUUCCCUGCUUAGCUCACUAUUUAGCAGUAGAAGGUUGCGUAGCUACACUUCAGCUGCUAUUUAAAUGCAUAAAUUUCAAAAUCAUUAGAGACAAACAAACUACCAUUUUUGAAUUGUACCAACAAAUUCAUGAAAAUGACAAGAUAUUAAGAUGUCGGUUUUUUGGAAAUGAGUUAGAUAUUUUGCGGUUCUUUGUAGAGAGGGGUGGAGUAAACAUUAUAGAUAGCAGAGAAAUGACACCACUGCACCUAGCUGCUCGUGAGGGUCAUUUAGGAAUGGUGGAGUUCUUGGUUAAACAAGGUUCAAGCAUUAACAUUGAAAGGAUAAGACAUAACACCACACUGUCUGAAGCUGCAAAGGGAGGUCACUUGGAGGUCGUGAAAUUCUUGGUGCAGGAAGGAGCAGACAUUAAAGCAAAUGUAAGAUAUGGUGGAAACGAAUUGUACGUAGCCAUAUGCGAAAAUCACGUAAAUAUCGUCACAUAUCUCUUGGAGAAAAUUUUAGAGGGAGAUCGUUUAGAACAUUUUUUAGAUGCAAAAUAUUCCAUGAUUCCUUUCGCAGCCGCAUAUUUAGGCAAACUAAAUAUCCUCAGAAUCCUAAGGAAAGGAGGCUUGGAUGUCAAUUGUAGUAUCAUAAAUAAAAAGUCUUUAAUUGUUGCUGCUGCAAUGGGAGGACAAUUAGAAACUGUCAAGUAUUUAGUGAAGCAAGGUGGCGACGUCAACAGCAAGGAUAUGUGUAAUAACACCGUGCUUCGUGCAAUUUCAGAAAAACCUUCCCUUAUUUGCAUUGCAAAGUUUUUGGUGGAAUCCGGUAUAGACGUUGAAGUCAAAGAUAACGAUUACGGGAUGACGCCUUUACACCAUGCUGCUAGAGCAGGCACAUUGAAUAUGGUAGACUUAUUACUAAAAAGCGGAGCAAACGUUAACACUAGGGACAAAAUAUGCAAAAGGACCGUUCUAAGCACAGCUGCUUUACAGGGCCACCUGGAGAUUGUCAAGUUACUCACACAACACGGUGCCGACCUUCAUAGUAGAGACAUUUACGGCAAUACCGCACUGCAUUUGCUUGCAGAGCAGGGUCUGCUAGACAUUAUCAAGUACCUUGCAGAAUUUGGUGCAGACGUUACUAUUAAAAAAAAUGAUGGGUGCACGGCACUGCAUGUAGCUCUUUUAAGCAAUAAGUUGGAAGUUGCCAAAUUUCUUGUGGAUUGUAAAUCAGAUGUCAAUUCCAAAGAUAAUGAUGGCCGAACAGCAUUACAUUUAGCUGUUUCAUUAAAUGUGGGUGAUGUUAAGUUGUUUCUUCUUUUGGGCGUCGGUCAGAUUAUUGCUAGACACAUGGAAUAUGAUGAUGAUAAUGUCGACAAGAUUGAUCACAUGUUGAUCCAUGCGACUGUUUCAGCAGAGUUGAACAUUGUUAAAUAUCUUGUGGACCAUGGGGCGAACGUUAAUGACAGAGACAAUACUGGCCACACGGUAUUGUAUUUAGCAAUUUCACGUUUUGUGCAGGACUUUAAAAGGUACCCAUAUGAGUUAUAUUGUAAUCAGUGUUUGAGUGUUGUAAAAUUCUUAAUUGAACAAGGUGCAAAAAUCAACACCGAAAACUCUUUUGAAGACACGUUAAUUGCACUAGCUAAAGAAAUAAAACAGCACAAGCCAGGUUAUUAUAAUGAAGAAAGUUUGGCACGCAUUUUAAAAAUACCUGUAUUCAGGCUACUUGGUUUGAGAAAUGAUGAAUCACAACUCACCUCUUCCAAAAAAAGCAUAUGUAGAAUUCGUUUCCCUACAAGCAAAAGAAGGAAGCGAAUCCAUAUUAGAAAGACUUCGAAACAAUGAACAGAACUACUUGUAUGGAUGUUUCAGAGUAAUCCAGAGUAAUAAUUAAUGAUGAUAGAAAGUCAUAGUAGAGUUUUCUGUUUGUUUCGAUAUUUUAGAAUUCUUUUUUGUUGUAAGAUGUAUGAAAUAUGGCGUAUUAGAGUGUUCAUCCAGAUGUUCUUUGUUUAAAUAAUUAAACAUUCAUUUACUCAUUUUGAGUUUGGAAAGUGGGUUAAAAUCUGUAAAUUAUAAUAAACUAUGGAGGCAUUGACAAGGAACGAUCAAUUCAUAAAAUUAGAAGAAAUGUUAUUUUUGACAUUAAUUGAAAAACACGUACCUGACCUUGAAAUCAACAAUCAACCUUUCAAAAAAAUAUGCACUUUAUUCUCAUCACCUUCGAUAAAAAUUAACAAGGUAAAUAUAGCUACUAUAAAUAAAUAACAGCUGUUUCUAUAGUAAAUGUUAAUAGAACAAAAUGUAAAAUUGAAAAUACUUAAAUGAAAUUUUCUAAAAGUCGUAUCUAUCGUAGUUAUUUUUACGUUGGUUUUUGUCAUAGUUGAUAUCAGAACAACAAAAAUUCUUUGAAAAGUUACAUUAUUUUAUAAUUUCAAUAUCUCAAUGUCUGGUAAGUAUAAAAUAGAAU